AUUUGCUGCUAAAAGCACAUGGCGGUCGGAUUCUCCUGGUGGUGAUUUCUGCGGUAACUGAGGAGAAUCAUCGACCUUCAGUGAGAUGGAUGCAAUACUCAACACACUUAAGCAGUUCAGACUGGAGUCUUACUGCAACCAGUUGGUCCAGUUGGGCGUGAAGGAAACAAGAGAUUUCCUGGAUAGUGUUACAGAUGAAGAUCUGGACAACAUGGGUUUGAGUCAUGUUGAGAAGAACCGCUUUUCAGCAAUGAAAACCUCCAUUCAAAGAGCCAAGGAGCACCAGGUUCAAACUGUGACGCCUGUACAAAAAUCCAUGGAGUCGUUCUAUCUGAAGUACACAUUCCCCAAAUGUCGUAAACCAAAAACAAUUAAAGAUAUGGAUCCAGCCAAAACCACAGUUGAGGAUCUGAUGAGGAGGAUCUGCCAUCUUGAAAGUGUUGGUAAUUCCAAAGGAGUCUGUCUCUACACCAUCGAUGGGAUGCCCUUGACAGAUGACCCCUUCUUCAACACAUGGUCUUUGAAAGACAGACAUAUUGAAAAUGGAGCUGUGAUGUAUGCCAUGUUUACACCAAAGGAAAACCUGAAACAGUUUCCUCAAACACCAAAGCGAGAGGUUGUUGAAACCUAUGGAAGCAAUAUGGUUCGAUGCCACAUCAUGCUCAAGGGAGACUUUGAGUUGAAGGUGAAGUUGGCAAGUGACACAAUAACAAAUCUGAUACUCAAGCUGGCAAAUAAAAGUGGAAUCCCAGCACAUGUUCUUCAUUACAAAGGUCGACAUGGUGGUGGUGACACUCUGGAGAGUUGUGGGAUCUCUGAAGGGUCAACCGUUAACUUCUCUUUGUCCUCAUUUCCUGACGAGACUUCAUACGACGAGACGUUCUUCAUUCAUGAUUUUUUGCCUUCAGUCCCACAAACUAAGAAAGGAAUCAGUGUGUUCUUGUCUUCAGUGUAUGCUGUUAAACAUAAUUAUAAGACGAAGCAGCUGCAGAAACUGAUUGCCUACAUACGGAAACUGACUGGAUGUCACCCUCUCGCCCAAAGUCUGCAUCAGUUGUUCUGCAGGAAUGAAAGACUAACCAGGAACCAGAAGAUUGCAGUGGUAGAAGGCUUGUACCUCCUCUUCAGAGAGCUACUUCCUCAGCGUGGAAGACCACAAGGAGAGAGACUCAUUAAGGACCUGGAUGUCUUUGAGAACUCUCUGUACUGCUGGGCACAUCUCCUAUCAGAAGCAAAGAAACAAUCAGGAUACCCUGAGAACUUUGCACCAAUCACUCUGACGUCUGAAGAUGGCAGCCGCUUCUCUGAACCAGUCAGAGUACCUGGAGUACCCGGAGCCUACGAACGAGCUUAUGUUCGUCAGAAAAUCCAAGAUGGAGAGCAAAUCCCUAAUUGCACUGAAAAGGUUUUGCAAAAGAAGUCAGUGAAGAGAGCCUUUGACAUUGAGAGAGUUCUGCUCAGUCUGCCUCCAUCCAUCAGAACCUACCCGCUUUGGAUUCACCCUGACAAGACGGCUGGACCAAACUUUAAGAUCAACAAUGAGAAGACUUUUGGAAGUAUGGUGGAAGAAUUAAAAUCUCCCGACCAUCAAUACCUCAAUGUGACCCCACCUCUGCGUUUGAAGGAUCUAGGACUGUGUGAAGGACGCCUUGUUCUACUGAGUGAAGACAACAUUGGCGUGAGUGUGAAUGUGGGCAAAGCUUGCCCUGCAACUAUCAACGUUCUUGAUUGUUUGGUUGGCAAAUACACAACACUGGAUGUGAAUGUGCUGGCAGCCAGGACUGGUGACCAUGGUGAUGGCCGGACAUUUGUCACAACCAGGACUCCAAAAGAAGCUAUACUGGUGCUGAUAGACACAAGCUCCUCCAUGGAGGAAGAGUGCUAUGCAAGUGCAGAAAUACAGAAGAUCAACGCUGUGAAAGAGCUCUUUGACAACUUUGCAACGAGGACCAUGGCUUAUGAUUUUUGUCACAUCAUCGGUCUUGUGAAGUUCGACUACCUGGUGAAAGUUCUUCACACAUUCACAGAAAAUCUGGAAACGUUCAAGGAACACGUGCGAAACAUUAAAGCAAGUGGAUGCACUCUGCUGUACGACGCUCUGCAACGGGGGGCGUCUGAGCUGGAAAAGGUCAAGACGAGGUUUCCAGAUUGUAGACUCCGCAUCAUGUGUCUUACUGAUGGAAAUGAUCUUGGAUCCGGCAUCGAGCCAGAUGCAGUUACAGUCAAACUGCUGAAAUCCAACAUCGUUGUUGACUCAAUCCUUCUUGGAAAGGUGGAGAAUAACAUGCUUCAUGGAAUCAGCAAUGCAACAGGUGGUUGCUGUUUCAAACCAAAGACAACCAAAGACGGUCUGAAGCUCUUUGAGAUUGAGACGGUUCUGUCAUUAGAGCAGAGGAAACUCAAGGAAACACAUGACCCCUCUUCCAUCAGCAAGCGUAGUUUGACAAGUAUCUUUGCUACUCAUGGGUAUGAUGAAUGUCCAGAGACAUCCUUGCCAAGCCAGAUCAACAGCAAAGGGACAGCGACAGAGAGUGCUCUCAAAAAGAAGAUUAAGGAGUCCUCUAAUGGGAGGUUUUUGGAGAAGGACAAGCGUGUGCUGGAGGAGCUGAAGAGCCUGCACUGUGACCCUCAUCCCUUCUUCAGAGUCUUCCCAUCAGAGUCAGACUUUAUACACUGA